AAACUCAGAAGAAGAAGAAACACCAAAGAAGAAGAACAACAACAUAGAGGUCUGUUAGCAGCUAAAGGCUAAAGGCGUCCUGCAAACUUUUAAUGUCCUGAAUUGUUAUAAACCUGCUCCAAACCUGCAGGAUCAGGACUUUGGUUCAUUAGGAUCCAGUUAAACUGUCAGACCGCUUCACUAACUGACCCGGUACCGUAGACUGGAGUCUGUGUUGGACCGGAGACCACCUCGGGUCCUCCUGGUUCUGCUCCAGCAGCCAUGGAGGCUCCCUCCUCCCGGGGAUCUGCCUCCCGAGGCGGACCGCUGUGGACCGGGACCGGGAGAGAGUCCGGCAGGGAGCCAGAGAUAGACCGGGACACCCGGACCCACUUCAGGGUCUGUCGCUUCAUCAUGGAGACAGGAGUGAAGCUGGGGAUGUGCUCGGUUCCCGUGGCGACAGCGUGUGUGUUGUACCACCGUUUCUUUCAGCGAGUCAGCCUGCAGGAGUAUGAGCCGUACCUGGUAGCCAUGAGCUGUUUAUACCUGGCUGGUAAAGUGGAGGAGCAGCACGUCAGGACCAGAGACAUCAUCAACGUUAGCCACAGGUACUUCAACAGCGGUAGUCCUCCUCUAGAGUGUGAUAAGGAGUUCUGGGACCUGAGGGACAGUGUGGUUCAGUGUGAGCUGCUCAUCCUCCGACAGCUCAACUUCCACGUCUCCUUUGAACACCCUCACAAGUAUUUGCUCCACUACUUGCUGUCGGUGAAGUCUCUGGUGAACCGCCACGCCUGGUCUCGGACCCCGGUCGCUGAGACUUCCUGGGCGUUGCUUAGAGACUGUUACCAUGGAGCCAUGUGCAUCCGCCACACACCACAACACGUCGCCAUAGCAACGCUGCACCUGGCUCUGAACAGCUACGGCGUGAAGCUUCCUGUCGGGGAGAAGGAGUGGUGGCAGGUGCUGUGUGUGGACGUGACCAAAGCCCACAUGGACGCUGUGACCUCUGACCUCCUGCAGCUCUACGACCUGGAGGCCAAAUGUAUCUGAGGACUUCUAGAAGACCUGCAGAGACUUUACAGAGGAUUUAUCUCUGUCACAGUGGUGGAAGAAGAAUUCAGAUACUUUACUAGUCAGACAUGUCCAAACUAUUCCAUAAAGAACCAUGCUGCUGCUGAUUGUUGUUCCAACCAAUCAAGAACCCUGAGAUCAGCUGAUUCAAUGAUGUUGUUCUUCUGCUUGUUUGGAAGGAAAACCUGCAGCCACAUGGAAGACUUUAUGGAACAGUUUAGACAUACUUUACUGCAGUAAAAGUACGAAUACACACUGUGGGCCUGCAUUCAAAACUUACUGAAGUAAAAGAACAAAAGUAUCAGCAUGGACCCACUCAGAUUGUUUUAUAUAUUCUGUAUAUAUAUAAAUUGUUGGUAAUUUUGUGUCUUUUAUUUUGGUAAUUUUGUGUGUUUUUUAAAUGUUGUCGCUUUUUUGGUAAUUGUAAAUCUUUUUUGUAAUUUUU